UCUCUAUUUAUCGCCUUUCUUCUCUCUGAGUAGUUUCUUUGCUUCACUGAAUUGUUCUCUCGAUUCAAACACUAGGGUUUGAUCGAUAAUUUUAUUUAUAUUUUCCUUUACUUCAAUUGCAAUUAUUCAGAUAUUCAAAAUCCAAGCUAUUUUCUUUCAUUUAAUCUGAAAUUGAUUGGAUUUUCCUUUUAAUUUUGUUUACUUUAAUCUAAGAAAGAAGGGGAAAAAAUGCCGGCAGUUUACGGAUCCAGAUUGACAACUUUCGAGGAUUCAGAAAAAGAGAGCGAAUACGGUUAUGUUCGUAAGGUGUCUGGACCAGUCGUCGUUGCUGAUGGAAUGGCUGGUGCUGCCAUGUAUGAAUUAGUCCGUGUUGGACAUGAUAAUCUAAUUGGUGAAAUUAUUCGGUUGGAAGGAGACUCUGCUACAAUCCAAGUUUAUGAAGAAACAGCUGGCCUGAUGGUUAAUGAUCCAGUUCUGCGGACACACAAGCCCCUGUCUGUUGAGUUGGGACCAGGAAUAUUGGGAAACAUUUUUGAUGGCAUUCAGAGGCCUUUGAAAACUAUUGCCAAAAGAUCGGGUGAUGUGUAUAUCCCUAGAGGAGUUUCUGUCCCAGCUCUUGACAAAGAUGCUCUUUGGGACUUUCAGCCUAAAAAAAUCGGUGAGGGAGACCUUCUAACUGGUGGAGACUUGUAUGCUACCGUCUUUGAAAACAGUUUGAUGCAACAUCAUGUUGCCCUGCCUCCUGAUGCAAUGGGAAAGAUAACUUACAUUGCUCCUCCUGGUCAAUAUUCUUUGAAGGAUACCGUGCUGGAACUUGAGUUUCAAGGUGUCAAAAAGCAAUUCACCAUGCUUCAGACAUGGCCUGUACGUACACCUAGACCUGUUGCGACAAAACUUGCUGCAGAUACCCCUCUGCUUACUGGCCAGCGUGUUCUUGAUGCUCUAUUCCCCUCGGUUCUUGGUGGAACUUGUGCUAUUCCUGGUGCUUUUGGCUGUGGCAAAACUGUGAUUAGUCAAGCUCUUUCUAAGUACUCGAAUUCUGAUGCUGUUGUCUAUGUUGGUUGUGGGGAGCGUGGAAAUGAAAUGGCUGAGGUUCUUAUGGAUUUCCCUCAAUUGACAAUGACAUUGCCUGAUGGUCGUGAAGAAUCUGUCAUGAAGCGCACAACACUUGUGGCUAACACUUCUAACAUGCCUGUGGCAGCUCGUGAAGCCUCGAUUUACACGGGGAUCACUAUAGCUGAAUACUUCAGAGAUAUGGGCUACAAUGUUAGUAUGAUGGCAGACUCAACAUCUCGAUGGGCCGAAGCAUUGCGUGAAAUUUCUGGACGGCUGGCAGAAAUGCCUGCUGAUAGUGGAUAUCCUGCUUAUCUGGCUGCUAGAUUAGCCUCAUUUUAUGAACGUGCUGGUAAAGUUAAAUGCCUUGGUGGGCCAGAACGUACAGGUAGUGUGACAAUUGUUGGUGCUGUUUCUCCUCCUGGAGGAGAUUUCUCUGACCCUGUGACAUCUGCGACCCUCAGUAUUGUCCAGGUUUUCUGGGGUCUUGACAAGAAACUUGCUCAGAGGAAGCAUUUCCCUUCUGUCAACUGGCUUAUUUCAUACUCAAAGUACUCAGGGGCACUGGAAUCUUUCUAUGAGAAAUUUGAUCCCGACUUUAUUAGCAUUAGGACUAAGGCCCGAGAAGUGCUUCAGAGGGAAGAUGAUUUGAAUGAAAUUGUCCAGCUUGUAGGAAAGGAUGCUCUAGCUGAAACGGAUAAGAUCACACUAGAAACUGCUAAACUUUUAAGGGAAGAUUAUCUUGCUCAGAAUGCUUUUACUCCAUAUGACAAGUUCUGUCCGUUCUACAAGUCUGUUUGGAUGAUGCGCAAUAUUGUUCAUUUCAAUGCUUUGGCCAACCAGGCAGUGGAGAAAGCUGCGGGGAUGGACGGUCAGAAGAUAACAUACAGUCUUAUCAAGCAUCGUCUAGGAGAUCUCUUUUAUCGUUUAGUGUCACAAAAAUUUGAAGACCCAGCGGAAGGAGAAGAAGCCCUGGUGGCAAAAUUCAAAAAGCUUAACGAGGAUCUUACGGCUGGUUUCCGUGCAUUGGAGGAUGAAACUAGGUGAACAAAAGGUUAAGAUUAGACUUUCUCCCUACCUAUCCUAGUCCAGGUUUCUCUCUCUUGUGUCUUGCUAUAUGCAUGUCGUGCUGGCGUUGUAGCUUUUUGUUGGCAUGAACUCUAGAGUGGUAUUAGCUGCGAAUUUGUUAUUUAUUACUUUCUGGCCUUCCCCUUUUUGACAGCAUGAAACUGGAUCCUUAUUUUUAUUAUAUAUAUAUAUAUGUGCGUGUAUGCAAAUAAGAUGUGUAUUUUCCCUUUCAAGUUUUGGGUGGGAAAAAAAUGAUAUUUUCAACAUAAUAAGCUUUGUAUUUAUGUAUGCGUUUUUUUUAAAAA